AUGAUGGGCAUAGAUUUCAAGAUUUUUGAAUCUUGUUUGAACAUAAUUUUAUCAGGAAUUUACUUAUAUCUUGCGAUAUAGUAGUGGAUGCAUAGUACUCAAUCAGAAAAUAGAGUUAUGGUCUGUAUAUUUAUUACCCUUUUACUAGGUUUUCAGUAAUCACUAAUCUUGUUUCGUACGAUUCUGUCUAACUCGAGAAGAUACGAUUUUUAAAUCACAAUUAUGUACCUUAUAAUUCAUUUGAUAAAUUGUUCAGAAAUCUAAGACCAGUCUGUUUUUUCAAUAGAUUUUCAUCUCACAUCUCAAAUAGCAUUUAUUUAAUACAGUUUUAUCUUUUUUUACAGCAUCCUAUUAGUUAACUUAGUUUAUUAUACAAUAAUUGCUGUUUGUUUAUUGGUUGUAGCAUUAAUAAGUUUAAUAUAAAUUUGGCGCUCUUCUGAUUCAAUUGUAAAUCGUGAAGGUUUAACCUCACAAGAAUUCGAAUCUCUACCUAGCCAUGUAGUUAAUGCUAAAGAGUCUAAGGAUAUGAAACUUUCUUUUGAGUCAGGUUUUCAUAAUCCUUAGCUUAAUGAUUGUGCUAUUUGUUUGCAAACUUUCGAAGAGAAUGAAGUUAUGAUUGAAAUAGUUUAAUGCAAGCAUUUAUUCCACUCAGAAUGUAUAAAAGUUUGGUUUAAAAACAGUGUGCUAUGCCCUUAUUGUAGGAACGAUGUUAGAAAAGCACUUUAAAAACUAAAGCGAGAAAAGCACUAGCUGCAACAUGCAGGUCAUUCGAUUCUUGAUAAAAUAGUUGAUUAAGCUGAACCUUCUUUUUAACUAGAAGAAUUCAUAGAAGAAAACGAUCUCCGAAAUUAAGAAGUCAUCCAAUGA